GUUCAGGCUGCUGUUUUAUUCUUAUCAAUCAAUCAAUCAAUCUGCACUCAACGAGCAGAUACUGAUCAACUAAACAAACAUCUUUUGCAUGGAUUAUAAAUCAGUUCUAGUUCUUUCAAUCAGGAACUAAGUCCAUGAAUAUAUCUAUGUUCUCAAGAUAACACUUGUGAUUAUCAACACUCUCUCUCUCUCUCUCUCUCUCUCUCUCUCUCUCUCUCUCGUCUCAUUCCACAUAUGAGAAACAAUAUGAGAGGCUGAUUCCUUCCCUUCAAAUCCAUCGCUAUGAUGAAGGUCUGAAGAUUGAAGAAAGCACAACUGCUAUCUAUGUGUAAUGAAUAAUGUUUGUUUUGUCUUGAUUGUUGUUCAUUGUUCAUGCAAGUGCAGGCUCUGCUCUUGCUUCCUUCUUGCAGGACGGGGAAUCAUUCUUGAGAUGUUUUCACAUCCAUCGGGCGUUGACAUAUUCCGUCUUGAGAUCUUCUCCCUUCCUUCAAGUCUUAUUACGGAGUUUCUGGAUUUCUCUCCAGGGGCCACAAUGUCCCUGAGGUUCGCUCUACGUUAAUUGGUGGGCCUUCCACCUAUCCAUGGGCGGAAUCAUGCUAUUACAGCUUGCCCUGACUCUCGUUUGCGCGUUGCCUAUAUUUGCUAUGGAAUUUAUUGCUUCUGUUGAAAGUUUCAUUUCUCUUGCCUCUUGAUUGCUCUGGGAAUUCUGGAAGGUCAAACAAAUUUCUACUUACCUCUCCAGUUCGACUCUGUCUGAGCUUCGUUAGGAGUAUAAGUACGAGCCUUGGAACCUGUGCCAUUUGAAGGCCUUCUAACAACUGUCCGUUCAUUUCGCUAUUGAUUUAAUUUUUGCCUUCAGUUGACCUCUCGAUGAUGAAUCUAAGCCCGUAUCGUAUCUAUUCAUCCAAGUCCGUACCCGUCGAAAACCAAGAUAUUAGCCAUGGUACUGCCAUUUGACAUUCCGGAGCCGAGAAUACCGAAAAGAAUGCUGUAUCGCCGCCCUGAAAUACCAAAUUUCAUACCAACAUCUAUUUUCAGAGAACAUGAACUUGACCCUACCCACCAUGGCACGGCCUAUAAACUCGAGUUUGUCGUCGAGCCACCAGAGGAGAUUCGUGAAAAUGACCUACUCCAAAAGCCAAUGGUUGUCAGGGUCCGGAGCCUGGAAAAUACAAAGCCAUGGUGCCCGGUGGAGAUACAGAUCCAUGUGAAAGUAUUCCAUGCAGUUGGUUCUGACCGCUUUGAGGUAUGCAGGAAGAUUGGAAGACAUGAUCUGGGAGGCGUGUACUCAGUCUCGCAGUCUCCCGAGGGCACAACCUCCCAUUUCAUGACUGUGCUUCUAGCAUCCCCGGUAGAGGACUUCGAAGUACCCUUUGACCGAUUCCAUAAGCACGGUCUGUACAUUCUUUAUAUCAUUUUAGCUCUGGGGCCUACCGAUGCAUUACCAAGGACUCGGCGAGAGGCAUGGGUCAAAUGUAAAAAGCCGAUUACGGUUACGAGCAUGCCGCAGGUUGCGUCCCUUUAGUAGGGAAAACAAGAGACCCAGGUUGGACGUUGCGGAUCUUUUUGGGUUCGGAAGGGUUUACCGGCGAAAGAAAAUUGGGAGGUGGUGAUGUGAAGGAUCUGUUUUCUUUUGGCUUUCCUUUCAUACUUCUUUUUUUUUUUUUAAAAAAAAAAAACUUGUCGCCUUGAUUGGUGGAUUCAGUGAGAAUAU